AUGCUUUUACCACGCAAGGGGGAAGAAAAUGAUCCCAACAAAGGAUCCCUACCUAUGAUCAACUUUUCCACUCCGGAUUGGGUAGAGGAACUUUACGCCAUCUGUGAAGGGUCGAAUGAGAUAAAGGAUAUUCUGAAAGAACUACAGGAUGGUGCUGCUCCACCAAUGGGGUAUCACUUGCAACAGGGUAUCAUAUUGAAAAAGGGCAGAAUUGUAAAUCCUAUAAAUGCAACUAUUAUGGGGAAGAUAAUGCACUACAUUCAUGACAAUUCCCAUGGGGGAAAUUUUGGUUAUUUGGAAACCUAUCAUUGUGCUAUGAGAGAUUUUAUUUUGCAGGAAAUGAAGAAGGAUGUUAAAAGGCUGGUCCGAGAAUGUGAGACAUGCCAAGCUGUGAAGUAUGAGACAACACCAUUGGUAGGGUUGUUACAACCUUUACCAAUACCCCAGCAAGCUUGGACAGUCAUCUCCAUGGAUUUUAUAAAGGGUCUACCCAUGUCCAACGGCUUUAAUGUGAUUCUAGUUGUUGAGAGAUUCAUGCAAUUUGGACACUUUAUUCCUCUUUCUCACCCAUACACGGGAUCUACUCUUAAUCAUAGCUCAACCUACCACCCGCAGUACAACAGGCAGACAGAGGUCCUAAACAAAUGCCUUGAAGGCUACUUAAGUUUUCAUGGAGGAAUUGGGGACCUCGAAUACCCCAAAGCGUAUGAACAUUUGAGGCCAAACUUUAACCCAAAACAGACCUAUACACAGCCAACCGGCACCAUUACCAACCCAGUAAUCAACCAAACAGCACAAUCUUCAAUGGCGGACAACACCAGAUCCAAGCAACAGCAGCUCGAGCAUUUACAGCAUCACGUGGACCUUCAUCAACAUGAAAUCCUGGAAGUAAAAGCAGAUGUUAGUGUUUUGAAAGUGGAUGUGGCCACGGUGAAAGUGGAUAUACAAGAGAUUAAAGACAUGUUACGCACUUUUUUUGCCCAACCACAGAAUCAGAACCCCCCUUUACCCCAGUUAACCAUGAAAUUCCUCAAGAUCAUGACAAUCAAACUGGAUUUUCUCCAAUUUCAAGGGGUUAAUCCUGCUGCAUGGCUUUUUAAGGCCAACCAUUACUUUGACUUCCACCAAACACAGCUACCCCACCGAUUGUUGAUGGCCUCUUAUCACAUGGAAGGAGACGCGCUUGUGUGGUUCGACAAUUCAGCUGCUGCUGGCUUAUUUCGAGAUUGGGAUGCUUUUUCUAGAUCCUUACUCCUCCGUUUUGGCCCUACAGCUUAUGACGACCCUAUGGAAGCUUUGACUAGGCUCAAGCAAACCACCUCAGUGGCUGGUUACAUGACGCAGUUUGAAACAUUAACCAACCGUUUACAAGGAUUGUUAGAUACUCAUAAGCUGAGUUGUUUUCUCAGCGGUUUGAAGGAUGAGAUCCGCAUUCCGAUUAGGAUGCUAAACCCGGUGAAUUUAAAUGCUGCAUAUGCAUUGGCAAAGAUGCAAGAGGAAUACCUCCCAAGUAUAAGGAAGGUUGCGAAAUCUAAGGGGGACAGGCCCAUUACCACUUUUUCUGCAGGGUCCUUUUCUAGUGAUGCUACCAACAAGUGGAAGCGACCUAUGGGGGGUGCUAAACACAUUUCCUCCGAGCAAAUCAAUGAAAAGCGUCGCAAAGGAUUAUGUUUUAAUUGUGAUGAGAAGUGGAACCCGUUACACAAAUGUAAAACUCCUCGCAUUUAUCUCUUGGAUGUGAGUGAGGAGUUUAGUGAGGAAGAAGAAACACUGCAGGUGGUAGAAAUUGAAGAAAAACCAACACUGGAAAUUUCAGCUCCUCCUACCAGCAAAAAGGAAGAGCUAGAAAUUUCCUUGGCAGCUAUAGCUGGUACCCCUACUGUAAGAACUAUGCGGUUGAUGGGAAGUAUCCACGGGGCACAAGUGGUGAUUUUGGUGGACUCGGGCAGCUCGCAUAACUUUAUCGAUUCAGCCUUGGCCUCUAAGUUGCAGCUGCCAGUGGAUUACUCAGUUAAUUUGAAGGUGCGGGUAACUAAUGGACAAGGCGUAAGCAGUGACGGGUUGUGUAGAACUGUACAGCUGAAGAUACAAGGUAACUUACUACAACCCCCUCUUCAUUUACUAGACCUUGCUGGUUGCGAUAUUGUAUUAGGCGUCCAAUGGUUAGAAACCUUGGGUCCCAUCACGUGGGACUUUGCAAAGUUGCUGAUAAGUUUUGUAUUGGAAGGGAAAGCCAUUGAGGUUGUAGAGGAGGGUGAGAAGGUUUGUAAGGCCUCUAUAGCAAAAGGGAAAGGAGUUCUUUUACAGAUUAUGUGUGUUGGGGAGAUGGAACAUGAAGAUGGAAAGGUGGCUGAACCUUUUUCAGAACUUUUAGAUGAUUUUAAAGAGGUAUUUGCUGAACCUCAAGGGUUACCACCACCUCGUUCCCAUGACCACCAAAUAGUCCUCAAGGAGGGCACUCAACCCGUGGCAAUUGCACCAUAUCGAUACCCGUUUUACCGGAAAACAGAAAUUGAAAAAAUGGUGGCUGAGUUAUUGAGGUCUGGAUUGAUUAGACCUAGUUCUAGUCCUUUUUCAGCCCCUGUUUUACUGGUUCGUAAGGCCGAUGGAAGUUGGCGACUUUGCAUGGAUUAUAGGGCACUUAAUAAGGAAAUCGUGAAGGCUAAGUUUCCUAUUCCAGUCAUUGAUGAAUUAUUGGAUGAACUCUUUGGAGCAGUGAUUUUCUCUAAGCUUGACCUAUGGUCGGGCUAUCACCAAGUAAGAGUGGUGCCUAGUGACAUUCCUAAGACGGCUUUCCGGACCCAUGAGGGUCAUUACGAGUUUUUGGUGAUGCCUUUUGGCCUCACCAACGCUCCAGCCACUUUCUGA